AUGUCGAGCAAUAUCACCUGGCACCACAACCUGACGACAGAGGAGCGCAACAAACUGACCGGCCAGAAGGGCGCCACUGUGUGGCUGACCGGGCUCAGUGCGUCGGGAAAGAGCACGAUUGCGUGCGGUCUGGAGAGACUGCUGCUGACUAAGGGAAUCAAUGCGUACAGACUGGACGGCGACAACGUCCGGUUCGGCCUCAACAAGGACCUGGGCUUCAGCGAGAAGGACCGUGCCGAGAACAUCCGUCGUAUUUCCGAGGUCUCGAAGCUUUUUGCCGACUCGUCGGCCAUUGCUAUCACGUCUUUUAUUUCUCCGUACAAAGGUGACAGAGCACAGGCCAGGAAACUGCACGAAGAGGCCGGUCUUCCGUUUGUCGAGGUGUUUGUCGACGUGCCGCUGGAGGUGGCCGAGAAGAGAGACCCCAAGGGCCUGUACAAGAAGGCCCGGGAGGGGCUGAUCAAGAACUUCACUGGUAUCGACGACCCGUACGAGGCUCCCGAAAAACCAGAGAUCCACCUGAAUACCAGCACGACCGGCAUUGAGGAGUGCAUCACCGCCAUUGCCGAGUACCUGGCGUCGCACGGGAUAACUCGCGAGAUCCAGCCCGGGAGACGGGACGUCUGGCAGCUGCGGCCGGUAGCUGGCCAGCAGGUUCUGCACCUUGGCGUGCUUGACGGUGGCGUCGUGGUUGCCCUCGGCGGCCAUUUUGGCCACGAUCGCGAGCGACGAGUCCAGAAACCGCGAGCACUCGUCGGUGUUGAAGCGCAGCACGUCGCCGCAGAUGAAGAACGUCAGGCACGCGCUGUAGAUGUAGUCAAGGUCCAUGACGCCGUAGGUUGCCAGCAUGCCCUCGUUGGCGCACGAGUUGGCGAUGUAGACUGUCAUCUGCGCGGCGUUGAGGCAGAUCGUGAGGAGCUCGCACACGUCGGUGCUGAUUUCGAAUCCGGGGUCUGUUUUUUUCAUCUCCACCAGACUGUACAGAAACGGGAUUGUGGUGAGGUGGAUGCAGAAACAGCGGUUCAGAUGAAGCGAGCACACCAGCCGCUUGUGUUUGAGGUCGCUGGACGUGGCGUUGUACUGCAGCUGCAGCUCGCGGGGCAGCGUUUCGUUCCACCGCACCAGCUGCUGGAUAAUGCCUCCCAGAGUCUUGGUCCAGUCGGAGGUCUUGCCGAGCCGGUAGAUCGCGCGGAAGAUGUCCUCCGAGAUGGCGCUGAGCCGGAUGUACGUGGCGAACCGCGCGGCGGCCGUCGUGUUGGGAACAUCCUUGCACAGCAUCUGUGGCAGCGGGCACGAGACGUCUUUGGACUGCAGGAGCGACGGCUCGCCCAUUUUCGCCGCGAGCGUCUUGUUGAGCCCGUACGAGACCCAGAACACGCGCGCGCGGAUAUCUGUCUCGUGCGGCGCGUGCGCGGGCCCGCAUUUGCUGAGCCCGAUGUGGCUGGCCAGCUGGAUCGCCAUGUUGGAGUAGAGCAUGCAGUCGUCGUCGCGGCCGAGCGAGCGGAAGAACAGGCUCGCCAGCGUCAGCGUCGCGACCGCGACGUAGUUCUCCGGCUCGUUUUUGAUCUGCGUGCAGGGCAGCACCAGGGUGAGCGCGCUGGAGAGCAAGUAUCCGGUGAUGGGGUCGGAGCUGCGGGUGUACUUUGUGCCGAGGGCCAUGACAACGAGGCAGAGCGCGCGGAACUGGGUCGAGGCGUGGUCUGCCAGAGUGCCGAACCGCGCGGACGGGUCGUAAGUCUGCGCGAGCCGGGAUUUGAGCAGAUCGACGUCGUACGGGAAAUAGAUAUCGUUGAGGAAGAAGUGCGAGCGGUCGACAAGAAACAUGGCCUCCUGGAACGUGAGGGCCUCCAGAUAGCGCACGAUGCGCGCCCUGUCGGGUAG